GCUCGGUUGACACCGGCUUAUGUAUGUACAUACCACUGCUCACCAGAUUGGACGCCGAGCGACGACACGCCCUGACAGUCUGACACCAACUCACACUUGGUACAUAGUAGCGCAGCUGGCUAGAUACGAUGGAGAAUCUGAACGCCCAUCAGCAGCAGGGUGACGAUGAUCAACUGGGGCGCACCGUGCAGGCAGCGUUUAAGGAUUUCUUAGAACAGUUUGUGGAUGAAGGACAGAAGGUGUUCGAGGAUCAAAGAGAGCUGCUUAAGAUUAAUGAUAGGAGUACAUUCUUUGUUGAUGUGGACUACGUCAGACGGCACAAUGAGAACCUGUCCCAGGCUAUCCGAGACGAGUAUAUGAGAUUUCAACCUUACAUCCAUGCUGCGGCGAAGGAAUAUGUUAAAGAGAGCGCAGCCGAGGACAUGGGCGAUGAUGACGAGGAGAGGAGCUAUUGGGUCAGUUUCUAUUCCCAGCCAGACGUAUACAAGGUCAAAAUGGUGCGUGAAUUAAACACAGAAGUUUUGGGUCGACUGGAGUCCAUCAGUGGCACUGUAGUGCGCACGUCCGAUGUCAAACCGGAACUGUUCAUGGCCACGUUCCGCUGCCUCGAAUGCGACACUCUCAUCCACAAUGUAGAGCAGCAGUUCAGAUACACUGAGCCGGUGAUGUGUUCGAGUCAAAACUGUACCAAUCGGUUAGCGUUCGCGUUAGUGGUGGAACAAUCCCAAUUUGUGGACUGGCAGCGGGUACGCAUCCAGGAGAAUGCGGACGAGAUUCCGUCCGGAAGUAUGCCCAGAAGUCUGAACAUAGUUAUUCGCCACGAAGCCGUCGACAAGGCCAAACCCGGAGACAAGGUGGUCUUCACGGGCGCAUACAUUGUGCUUCCGAAUGUGCACAACAUGAUGAGAGGCGGUGGCCGUACCAAAGGCGACGGCGCAGGGGCGAGCGAUGGUGUGCGAGGGCUGAAGAUGCUGGGCAUGCGUGACUUGGACUACACCAUGUGCUUUCUGGCGUGCACAGUGCAGUCGUCCGAUGUGAGAGAUAACAAAGUGAACAUCAGAGACAACAUAUCGCUGGACGACUUGGUCAAAGAGUUGACUGAAGACGAGCGAGAGACCCUCAAGAAGAUGAACGACAACCCACGCAUCUACCAGCACAUGACCGAAAGUAUCUGUCCGAAGGUGUUCGGCCAUCUGGACAUCAAGCGUGGCAUCCUGCUGAUGCUGCUGGGGGGUGUGCACAAGACCACCUUGGAGAACACGCGCAUCCGUGGCGAUAUCAAUUGCUGUAUUGUGGGUGACCCGAGUACGGCCAAGUCACAAUUCCUCAAGUACGUGGUCGAGUUCUUACCCAGGGCAGUAUACACCUCAGGAAAAGCUUCUUCCGCUGCGGGUUUGACCGCGUCAGUGGUACGAGACGAAGACACAGGCGAGUUCUGCAUAGAGGCCGGAGCGCUGAUGUUGGCAGAUAAUGGUAUCUGCUGUAUAGACGAAUUCGAUAAGAUGGAUGUGAAAGACCAAGUCGCUAUCCACGAGGCAAUGGAACAGCAGACUAUCUCGAUUGCGAAGGCGGGUAUUAAGGCUACGCUCAACGCAGCUACCUCCAUCCUUGCCGCGUGCAACCCUAUCGGCGGUAGAUAUGAUCUCUCAAAGCCGCUAAGGUCCAAUGUGUUGAUGAGCAAUGCCAUUCUGUCGCGUUUCGAUCUGUUCUACGUCGUCACGGACCAGAGUGAGGAAGUGCAGGACUACAACAUCGCACGCCACAUCAUCAACUACCGUAUGAAUAGGAAUGUGGUCACAGAUGUACCGUACACAAAGGAGGAGAUGCAGUUAUACAUCAAAUACGGACGAUCAAUCAACCCCAUUCUUAGUAAGGAGGCUGAGGAGCUACUGCCCGAAAUCUACGCCAAACUCAGGGAGAACAGUGGAGGUAUGAACGUAAUCCGAAGGGCAGCCUGUAUGUAG